AUGGAACAAGAGAGCUCUUGCGUAUACGGCUUAAAGCAGCAGGCACGAAGUCUUGCAUGCCAACUUGCUGAAUCGGAAAGGAAUAGAUUCUUUGUUGGAACUUAUGGCGUCCGUCAAGACAAUGAAAUCCACUUAUUGGAUUUUGAUGAAGACGAAUUUGAAAUAUCGAGUCAGAUAUACAAGCAUCCUGACGAAAUAUGGUCAAUGUCACCGUCUCCGUCUUCAACAGAUUUGCUAUUUACCACUCAUUCCAGUCCUGCAAGUAGCAGAACAGCAACUCUAUGGAGACUGGAUUCUAUUGAAUCGGAUGAAUCAGGGAAAUUGAAAAGCCAGUCUGGAACAUUGGAACCAGUUAUCAAUGUGCUUUGGAAUGCCACUGGAGCAUCGGACAAGGUGGUCGCUCUGACAAACACAAAUAUUACUGUGUUUGCGAUUGACGUUCCAUCGAAGUCAGCUCAGUCAUCACAGACGAUAGCUUCUCCGCCUACUCGGAAGGAGCAAGAUCGAAAAAUCAACGCAGGAGCAUGGAAUCCGCAUCAAAACGAUUCCAUUGCUAUUGCCGCCGACUCGUCUGUACAUACAUAUGAUUUGCGGAGUCGGACUGCUUCCACGCCGAGUUUGACGAUUGAUCAUGCUCAUCAUGUAUCAGUCAAGGAUGUAGACUACAAUCCAAACAAGCCAUAUCAAAUAGCUACAGGUGGAGAUGAUUGUGUCGUACGAGUUUGGGAUACCAGAGAUGUCAAAGUUCCACUGAAAGAGAUUGUGGGACAUUCCCAUUGGAUUUGGAAUGUGACGUAUAAUCGCUUCCAUGAUCAACUAUUGCUGUCGUCAAGUUCAGACUGCACCGUGUUGCUGCACAGUCUGGUUUCUAUAUCAUCAGCACCAUUUGGACACGACGACGACGUUGAAGAAUCUCCCAGAGAUGGUGCUGAAACUCCACCAUCAGACCAAGAUGAUGACGAGUCGCAAGGGAAACCGACAGAUGGUCUGGUUGCCACGUACGACCAGCACGAGGAUAGUGUCUAUUCUGUAGCUUGGAGUUCUGGUGAUCCAUGGAUUUUCGCGUCCUUGUCUUAUGAUGGCCGUGUUGUUGUGAAUAUGGUGCCACGUGCACACAAGUAUAAAAUCAUUUUAAUUUAA